GUGUAAAACUGUGACGUGUGCCGUGUUGUUGUUAGUGAAGUUUGGGAGCAUGAGGGUGGCCGGCAAGCAGACGCCCCACCAUGUUCAAGAUUGAGUCGUACAUCACCCCGAUACUGCUCAGCUAUGUGGACAAGUAUAUCAAGGACUUCAGGGCCGAGGACUCCCAGGUGUCGCUGUGGGGCGGGGACGCCUCCUUCCACAACCUGGACCUGCGGCUGGAGGUGCUGGAGCGAGAGCUGCCCCCGCCCUUCCGCCUGGCCAGCGGCCACGUGCACCAGCUGCUCAUCCACGUGCCCUGGACCAAGCUGGCCUCCGAGCCCAUCAGCAUCACCAUCAACACCAUAGAGUGCAAGUUGGAGCUUCGUGGCGCGGACGCGGGCGGCUCGGAGUCCGCGGGCGGCAGCGGUCCAGGCAAGGACGCUCGUAGACGCACGCGCAGGCAGGAUGUGGAAGCCCCCCCAGGCUACAUCCAGAGCCUGAUCAACAGGAUCGUCAACAACAUCACCAUCAUAUGCAACAACGUGAUCCUCAAGUACGAGGAGGAGGACAUUGUGUUGUCCGUGAACGCCAAAACCGUGACCUUGCAGUCGGCCAGCAGCUCCUGGGAGCCUGCUUUCGUGGAGAUGGCGUCCCCGCACGGGAGGCUCCGGAAGCUGGUCAGCCUGUCCGACCUGACGGUGUGCCUGGACAAGCGCAACUCCUCGGGCAAGAUCGAGGUGUACCAGGAGCCGCUGCUGUACCGCUGCUCCAUGGAGGUGCACCUGCUUCGCGACCACCGCCCGUCGCUGCUCAGGGCAGACGUGCGCUGCGCUCAGGUGGACCUCAGGCUGACGGAGCAGCAGGUACCCAUGUUCCUGCGCCUGCUGCAGCUGUGCCUCACGCUCUACCGCAAGGAGCUGCGCCCCGAGCCGCGGGAGACGCCCCCUGGGGAGCCCCCGCCCGACGACACGGGCGAGAGCUCGGACUACGGGGAGGAGUCCUGGGUGGGCUGGGCGUGGAACCUCCUGCCCGCGAUGCCCCUCGCCUGGGACGACGACGACGACGGCGGCCAGCCGGAGGGGCAGCCCCCGUCCUUCCGGGGCCACACGCUGCACCUGGGCCUCUACGUCGACAACGCCUCUGUCGCCUUCAAGGUGACGGAGAGCUCGGCGGAGAAGAGCUUCUACGGCUCGCGCAAGGUGCGGUUCGUGCCGUUCCUGCAGCUGGACCUGCAGGGGUGCUACCUGAGCUGCGUGGCGCACGGCGCCGUGUGGCUCAACACGCGGCUGGGCGCGAGCGGCGUGCGGCUCCGGCCGGCGGGCCAGUGCUUCUGCGGCCAGGACGAAGCCGACGACGCCGUGUACCUGGUGUCCGGGAAGGAGCAGACGGCCUUCCUGCAGGACUCGCUGUUCCACCCCGGCUCGCAGGAGACCCCCGGCUACAGCAUCUCCUGGAACCAGCACGUCGAGACCAACACGGAGGCGGUGCUGCUGGAGAAGUCCCCGGCCUGCGCGGUGGACUACAUCUACAUGCUGGAGGUCCCGGACGACCUGGCCUCCGAGCAGAUCUCCGAGCUGGGCAGCGACCUGGAGUACAGCGACCUGCCGGAGAAGUCGCUGUGCCGGCUGGUGGUGGGGCCGACCUCCCUGGACGUCUGCUCGGGCCUGCUGCACCGCGCCCACAUGGUCCGCCACGCGGCCGGCUUCUACGACUACGCCCCCUACAGCGAGCCCGGCCCAGAGCCGGCGCGGGACGAACUGCCGCCCGUCACGGAGGAAGACUUCGAGGCCCUGGACCAGUACGUGCCGCAGCAGGUGGCGCAGAUAACGCUGAUCAAGCCGGUGGUGCGAGCGUUCCUGCCCGCUCACCCGCCCUUCGACCCCCGCUCCUUCCACGCCUUCAAGAAGAGGCGGAAGGGGCGCCCCUCCCAGCCGCAAGGGGGCUUCCUGCCGAGCGUGGUGGCCGAGUGCAGCUGCCUGGACGCCAGGAUCACCAGGCCCAUGUACCCGCGCCGGCUGGUGACCGUGACGUGCCAGCUGCCGUCCCCCCCGCACCACAUGUUCUCCCUGUGCUACCGCGCCGCCUCCCUGCAGCUGAUGGACGUGCGUUGCCGUGUGGUGGUCGGCCCGGCCCGGCAGACGACCGUGCUGACGUGCAGCCGUGCCUCGUGCUCCGAGGAGACUCUGCUGCUGCCGCAGUACUGGACGGACGUCGACACCCCGCACCGCAAGCUGUUCCUCCUCGCAGAGAGCCUGACGACGACCUUCACGAAGCCCAAGCUGCUGGUGGCGUGCGAGAUCCUUCGCUGCCUGCGCGACGGAGACGGCUCUAAGAGCGGCCUGCGCUGCACGACGCUCCUGUCGGACGCCGCACGGGAGACAGGGUUCGAGUACCUGGAGGUGACGGCGAAGGACGCCCAGUACCGGCGCGUCGCCACCCCCUGCACGGCCGCCCACUCGGCGCGGCUGGGCGCGCUCACGGUGUUCGUGCUGGAGCCCCCGGGCGAGCGCUGCGACGGCGGCCGGGCGGAGACCCUGCAGGCCAUGGUGGUGUCGGGGCCGGGGGGCGGGGCCCCGGGGGACUGCCCCCUCGCCAGCCUCACCCUCCAGCACCCCCUCGACCCCGCGCGGCAGCUGCACGCCCUGCUGCUGCUCUUCACCGUGCAGCAGGUGGACGUGUGCGUGGACCCGCUGCUGUGGCGCUGGCUGCAGUACCGGCCCCGGGAGGUCGAGGGGGAGGACUCCCUCUCGGGCCCCCGCCCCCCCGCGCCGCCAGCCCCCCCGCCGCCCCGGGCCCGCCGGAAGCUGUCCUCCGACACGGGCUCCGGGUCGGCGGGACGCCACCGCGCGGCCCCGAGGGAGUCCGUGCACAGCAGCUCGGACCGCGAGGUCCCGGCUCCCGCCAGGCCGGCGUCCAUAGCCGAGGACGCGUCCGUGUCCGCCCAGCAGCCUCCCGCCGCGGAGCAGUGGUGGGGGCGGGAGGCGCUGCUGCGCUGGUUCCCGGCGUGGCGCGGACUGGUGAUGCAGGGCCGUGCGGGACACGUCACGCUGUACCUUCCCGCGUCCAGCCUGUCGGCCGUGGGCAGCCGCUCCGUGGGGGAGGCCGUGCGAGGGGGCCCGGGCCACGACGCGCUGGUCCUGAGGCUGCCGGCCGUGGCGGUGCACAGCGCGGCGUGCAAGCAGGGGCUGCCCGCGGGCACGGACCACCUGCCCGUCCGGCUGCCGCCCUCCGUCUGGGCCCCAGGGAGCACGAGCUUCCCGUGGAGCGUGUCGCUGGCCGAGCUGGGCUGCCACACGGUGCACCGCGGCGUCGCGGCCGACCUGGUGCGCCCCUUCUCCGCCACCUCCACCGUCAUCGUGACCACCAGGCCGCGCGCCGACGAGGGCGCCCUGGCCGCGCUGGGCGUGUGCGUGCACGUCGACAUCAAGCCCGUGCAGCUGUCCGUGUCCUGCUCCCAGAUGCGGCUGGUGGUAGAGGUGUGCACGGGCGGGCUGGCGCAGGCCACGCACGUCCUGGUCGCGCACGAGGCCGCUGACCCCGCGCCUCCCCCGUCCCCCUCGCCCUCGCCGGCCGCCUACAAGGCCAGCGGGGACAGCGACGCCUCCCCGGCGUCCUCGGUGAGCUCUGCCCGCGCCCUUCCAGCCACCAGGGACGGGCAGCCGGACCCCGUGAAGGUGACGCUGUGGAUGCAGGCGACGCUGGCGCGCGUCACCGUCUCGCUCGGUGCCACGGGCCCCGCCCGAGACGCCCUGCGCGUCACCCUGGACAUGGAGGACAUCAUGACCUCGCUGGACCUGCAGCGGGUCUACCUCAAGGUCAUCAGCAAGGUGUCCUCCGCCAGCGUGCAGCACUUCGUGAGGCACGUACCCCGACCCCUUACUUACUACUGCAUUCUGUCAUCUUUAAUUCGAGGUAGUGAACCAAGCUGCGUGUGUGUCGGCAGGAAGCGCGAGGGCGGGCCGUGGCAGCCCGGGCAGUUCCUGGGGCUGGUGAUGAAGGCCCAGGAGGAGGGCGGCGGGGCGCCCGGCAGCCUGCGCGACGCGGACGACACCGCCGGGGGCUUCCUCCGUGUGACGUUCACCCGAGUGCGCUGCCGCGACGCCCACAGCCGCUGGGGCGCCCGCAAGCCCAGCAUCCUGCUCACCACCGCGGCCAGCCCCGCCACGGCCGCUGAAGCGGCGGUGGCAGGCUCGUCCAGCUGCAUCAGCGAGGUGGUGGUGAAGCUCCAGGCCGUGGACUGCGUGCUGUCGGCCGCCGCUCUGGCCGGCUUCCAGCCCGUCCUGGAGCCCCUGCUGUCCUCCCGGGACCCGGCCCCGCCCGGCGAGCCCGUCCGCUCCACCGACAGUUUGUUGCAGCUUCUCAACAGCAGCACGCUGCCCCUGCUCUACCUGGACACGCACGCAGUGAGGCUUGUCAUGCCCGCCGUCGACCUGGCCAGCGAUCCCCACGCGCAUGACGUCUGUGUCUUCCAGGUCGACGCCUUCAACUUGAAACCCAAGGCAGACAACCCGGUGGGGCGACUGGUGGUGCGGCCAGACGUCUACCAGCAGGCGGAGCGCACGCGCCUGCUGGGCGUGCCGGGCUCGGAGGUGGAGGACCGGCAGUACCAGCUGGACGUGCGCGGCCUCGCCGUGCACACGGGCACGUGGCGCGAGCUGGCGCGCGUGCUGGGCCGGCCCGCCUCCACCGCCUCCGCCCUGCACACCAUGAGCGAGAACCCGGCGCUCGAGUGGAACAACCUGGCCCCGAGCGACGAGGACAUCCUGCCCCACGCCACGCUCCUGCCCGUCGUGUCCCGCCUCAACGUGUGCGCGGUGCUCGCGCCCGCGGUCUUCUACCGUGACACGCUGGUGUGCGGCGCGUCGCUGGAGGCGGGCGCCACCUCGCCCGUCCACGCCUCGGUCAGCCUGGGCCAGCUGCGUCUGGCCGCCGCGCUGCUGGCCGAGACGCUGCAGCUGCUGGGGGGGCAUAGCGCGCGGGCCCGCGCCUCGGAGCCGCGGCGCGCGGACGAGCCCGAGGACAGCGGCGUGGACUGCGCGGACGCCUCGAGCGCGGGCGCCAGCAGGAGCCGGCUCUCGUACAGCUCGCUGCAGGUGGCCAUCAGGCGCCCGCCGCCCCGGCCCAGGCCCAGGCCGGGCCCCGUGGUGCCCGUGGAGGCGCUUCUCACGGCCGGCACCGUCGUCCUGGCGCUGUGCGAGGAGGCCGCGGGCGACAUGCUGCCGCUGCUCCGCGUGGCGGUCGCCGAGCCGCACGUGUUCGCGUCGCGGCUGCAGCUGAGCCGCAAGCUGCAGGUGUCGUGCUUCGACCUGGCCGUGAGCUGCCCCGCGGAGGAGCGCGCGGUGCGCGGCGUGCCGGGGCCGGAGCACUUCCCGGCGCCCGUGCUGGAGACCAAGGCCGGGGACCCCCACCCGGGCACGGGCAUACCCCCGUCCUUCCUCACCGCGGUGUGGAGCGAGGGCCUGGGCAGGCCCGCCGGGCUGGACCUGGAGCUGGGGCGACCCACCCGGCUGCACGCCAGCGCGCGGCUGCUCUCCGGCCUGGGGCGGACCGCCGCCAAGCUCCUGGCCGCGUGCCCCCCGGAGGUCCCCGACGACGAGGAGCCCCCUCUCGCCAGGCUGCGGCGCUUCCUGUCCCACACGCCCGGCGCGCGUCUCCGGUCCGGCCAGCUCGCGGUCGCCUUCCAGACGUCGCAGGGCUGGGUGGCCACGCUCAGCGUCCUCGGCUCGUCGGUCAGCGUGCACGCGCCGGGGGACCGCCUGUCUGCCGUCUGCUCCGUAAGCUGCCUGACGGUGUCCACGUGUCACGGCGGGGAGUCCCGCCUGCUGGUCAACCCCUGCACCUUCGACGCCACCGCCAGCGUCUGCUGGGAGGCCUGGGACAAGCAGCUCACGCUUCCGCAGGUGCAGGUCUCGGUGGACUCGGACUGCCUGCUGGUGGACGUGGGCCCGGAGCAGGUGCGCUGCUUGCGACACCUCUGGCGAGAGCUGGGUGAGUGGACGCAGCUCCUGGGGCGCCCCGGGGCCCCCGCCCGGGCCUCCGAGGGGCCUGACCCCGGGCCCCGCGAGGACCAGCACUACCACGACGACCUGCGCGCCGGGGCGUUCCGCUACUGCGACGCGGAGGGCUCGGCCCGCGACCGCCCGCCCCUGCCUUACCAGGUGGUCUUCUGGGCGGACCCCCCCACCAUGGCCUGGCGCUACCCGCAGCCCCGCGCCCUCACCAGGGUCGACGUCUUCCCCGUGCCCUUCCAGCUGGCCUCGGACGAGCAGCCGGGGGCAGACCAGGUGCUGUGCUCGCUGGAGCACUGGAGCGAGUGCCGCGCCAGCUACCAGCCCUACGCCACCUUCAGCCUGUCCGAGAGCGAGAUGUGUCGGCUGGAGCUGCCCCGCCCGCCGCGCGUGGUCGCGUCCUGCGCGUGGCGUGUGCGGCUGUCCGUGCGCCCGCGCGACGGCGGGCACUUGUCGCCGCGCGCGCUCGCCGCGUGCAUGCUGGUGGACUCCUCCUACUGCCCCGCGCUGCUGCCCCGGGUGCAGCUGGCGGCCAGCGUCUCCUGCCUGCGGCUGUCGCUGCACAACCAGCUGCGCGAGGACGACGUCCCGCCCGCGCUCGAGGGCUACGCCGUGGACGGCCUCGUGCCCGAGUCGCAGUGCUUCCUCACCCUGGCCGCGGACUCGUGCCACGCCUUCCUCGGCGGCCGGCUGGCCCAGGUGGGCGCCCGCGUCUCCUGCAGCGUCACGGACUACGCCUGCCUCGGCCGGCGACACAUCGUCGAGCCGUUCGGGCUGCGCGCGGAGCUGGUCUCCGGGGACGCCGCGCAGGUGUCGUGCGUGGCGGAGCCGGUGGCACUGAGGCUGGGGCCCGGCCUGGCCCGCACGCUGGCCGUCUCCGCCGAGUCCUGGGCGCAGGCAGGCCCGGUGGUCCUCACCGGGUACGUCGUCUGCAACGACACCGCGAGGCCGGUGAGGUUCGGCCAGGCGGGCACGGACGAGGACGUGCUGCUCAUGAGCCGGCACUGCCACAUGUACGCGUGGCGCUCGCUCGGGGCCGAGCCGCUCCUGCGGGUCGGGAUAGAGGAGGGCCUGUGGGUGUGGUGCACCCCGUUCCCCGUGCAUGCCGACGGCGUGCGCUGGUGUCCGCUGAGCGACUGCGGCCGGAAGGAGCUGAACAUCGUCGUGAGGGUGGUGUCCCUGUCGGCCACCCAGAAGAUGGUCGUCAUCUCCGGGCAGUUGGUGGUGACGAACAAACUGGUGCAGCAUCUGGAGUGCCAAGUCGUGCGCUUGCUGGACGACAACACCAGGUCGGCGAGCGACGUCCAGAACUUCAUCGUCGCGGGCAACAGCACCGUGCCGUCCAUCCUCGUGGACUGCGGCUCGAAGAUGGUGCUGAGGAUACGUUUCCACGGCCAGGACAGCGCGUGGUCGGGCGACAUCCCCCUGUGCAGGAACACGAAACAUUUCAAGCCGUGGCUGGUGAAGGUCCCCCUGCAGGACAGAGGCCAGUUCCUGUGCGUGUGGUGCCGUGUGAUCGUGCAGAGGACGGGCGCGAGCCACGCCAGGAUGCUCGUCAUCCUCUGCCCUCUGUACAUGAUCUGCUCGUGGCUCGCGAGCCCGGCCAGCGUGACGGUGGACACCCCCGGGCUGCAGGUCCGCCUGGAGUCCGCCGUCAGCGGCAGGGGAGAGGUGCAGCAGCUGUACUGCCCCGGGACCAUCGACCACACCCACAGCCUCACCUUCCAGCUGCGCGGCGACGUACCGUCGUCCAGCCCGGUUCCGCUCUCCUACACCAUGGUGGACCAGCGGGAGUUCUUCACUCGGGACCUCUCGCGGGACGUCGACAUAGACCAUGUCCUGGACUCGCUGACCACCGCGAAGCAGCCGAGCUGGCCGUACCUGGGGAAGAAGUACGAAGGUGUCGAGUGGAUACCGGCAGAUCAGCCCGAGACCGACGUAAGGGUUAAGUACGAGCCCUUGAACGAGUUCUGCAGCACGCUGCUGGUCACAUUGCAGCCGUGGGCGUUGAUCGCCAACUUGCUCGGGGUCGAGGUGUCUCUGGUCGUCGGAGGCAAAGCAGUUUGCCAGCUGCCUCACAACGGAGUGGUGUCCCCGCCCAAGCUGCCGGGCACGUUCUACCUGGAAGCCGCGCAGGGCGACGUGUUGUACCGCUCCCAGGCUCUGCAGCUCGCCCGUCCGGAGCACAAUACCAGCUUCUACAUGCCGCGAAUCACGGGGCUCAUCCCCAGCCAGGGCAACACCCAGGUGUGCAUGCAGGGCAGAUCGAGCCUCAUGUUCGUCACCAUAGAGUCCGACUUGGUCAAGGAGAUGCACACCAUCAGCGUCCAGCCGAGAUACAUCCUCGUAAACUGCUCGUCGUCCGCCCUCGAGGUCGUGGCGUUGGCCGUGGCAGUUGGCGGUGGCAAGAAGCACGUAUUUGCUGGCGGCCCGAGCGUCUCGCUGCCCGCGUGCGGCAAGGAGGGCCUCCCGUUGAUGCACUUCUCGAAACUGGGCGACGGUGACGAGUGCCUUGCUCCUUACCUAGCCUUCAGUCAGGGAGCUGGUUUCAGCUGUCCCGUCCAAGUCAGCACCGCAAGGGCUCGCCAGAACUUCACGGUGCCGUGCACGGGUGCGAUGGUAAACAACGCGGCGUACGUCCUGACGGCACAGGAAAGGGAUGGGCAGGUGUUUGUAGCCGUGCAUGCGGAGUCUCACCCCCCGGUCGUCCUCCACAACAAGUGUCGGUUCAGCCUGCUGUGCGCGCAGGUGUCCGCGGACAAGGACGGCCAAAUCGUGGAGGAGAGCGCGGAGUUCGACUGGUGGUGCAUCGUGGAAGCUCUCAGCUCUGCCCACUACAGCAUGCCCCUCCUCUGUGAGUGCUUCCCCUCCUUGGGGAAGGGGGGUGCGGCAUCUCACAUCGCAUUCGCCAUCUGUUCUGGCGAAAACCCUGAGUGGUCUCUUGGUUUCUGCGUUCUGGAUUCUUGGGAACAAUUCAUACACAUUCCGAGACACGGUGAUGUCAAGGUGAAGGUUGAGAGGUUUUGUCACACCUCUCACGUCACUGUUGAGACCGUCAGUCACGUUGAAAUAUCUGCCCGAGACAUCAGGAGCCGUCUCAGCAACAAAGAUGUGCACGGUUCUUCAUCAAAGCUUGUAAGUAUUGCGUCCUGUGAAAACAGUGUUGACGACAAUAGGCUCGUAAAAUCUACGGACCAAACUCAACUGACCAAUCAGAUGAAGGUAGGCCUUUCCACAGCUCAGACUUCUCUCCAUCAACUGGUCAAUACAAGAUUUGAAAUAUUUUUACAGGGCUUGUGUGUGAAGAUGUUAGAUGAUUUACCAAAAUCAAAUUUGGACAGGACAGAAGUUAUUAAUUUGAGUUUGGAUGGUGUCUGUCUAGAGGUGGAGGCUUGCCUUCUUUCACAAAGGAGAAAAGAAAUUGAUAUAAGUUUAAUGGUUGGUGAUGUGCAACUUGACAACCAAAUGUUUCACAAUGGCGGUUUUGAUUUUCCAGUGAUUUUCACGAGUCAAAUGAAAAAAAAUAUUAGUUCCAGCUUUACUUUGUACACUCCAGCCAUAAAAAUGCUAGAGCAGAUCCGCAGCCAGGCACUUCUCAAGGUAGCAGUUUUCUUGGAACAGUCCUGGACUGAAGAUGAAGUAGUAGUCAGUGGUGUGAAAAAUCUCAACAUAAGCAUCGGACCACUGUGUGCAUACAUCGAAGACACGUUUGUAGUCAGGAUUUUUGAUUAUUUGUCGAAUUUUCUGCCGCACAAAUUAGUUUACAUUCCGAAACACGUGCUGGAGUCGCGCCGUGCCUCAUCGACGACCGCGAUCCCCGAGGAAGUGGCGUGUGAUCUGUCGCAGCUGGCCUCUCCGCUGCGCAUGGACCACUUCGUGGUGCGGCCCGCCUCUCUCGUGCUGAGCGUCCACACGUCGGUGAAGCUCUACAUCGCCAUCGACCACUCGCCCCUGCACUUCGCGAGCUUCGAGCAGCGCCGCGUGGCGACCACCCCGUACCGGCUGGGACACGCGCUCACCACGCACUAUGUGUACGGCGCAAUCUUCGGCGCGGGCUGGGUGGUGGGCUCGCUCGAGCUCAUCGGCAGCCCCGGGGGGCUGGCCCGCACAGUGGGCUCCGGGCUGCGCGACUUCGUGUACCUGCCCUACCGCGGCAUGCUGCAGGGGCCCCGGGGCUUCCUGGCGGGCGUCACUCACGGCUCGGCCUCGCUCGUGAAGCACGUGACGGCAGGCACACUGUCCUCGGUGACCAAGCUGGCGGCGAGCUUCGCGCGCAACGUGGACCGGCUGUCGCUGGACGGGGAGCACCUGCAGCGCACGGAGGAGCUGAGGCGACGCCGGCCGCAGGGCGUGGCGGACGGCCUGGCGCAGGGCCUCACCGGCCUGGGCAUUAGCCUGCUGGGUGCCAUCGGGGGCAUCGCGCACCACCCCUUGCAGUCCAUGCUGAGCGAGGGGGCGUCGCCGCGCGGGCUGGCGGCAGGCGUGGGGCGCGGCCUGGUGGGCGCCGUCACCAAGCCCCUGAGCGGCGCGGCCGAGCUGCUGGCCCUGGCCGGCCAGGGACUACUGCACGGCGCGGGCUGGGCCUCCCUGCCCCGGGCGAGGCACGCGCCCGCCCGGGAGCUCGCCCGCGACGACCCCAACUCCCUGCUCAAGUACAGCUGGAAGCUGGUGGCGGGGCGGCACGCGCUGCUGCAUGUCGCCGACGCCACGCUCCGCACGCCGGCCGGCCACAGGCCGGUGGCCCUCGUGCUCACCACGCAGGCCCUGUUCGUGGUGGACGUCGAGGAGGACGUGUGCCAGAGGGUGCUGUCCCUCUCGGAGCUGGCCGUGGCCGAGCGCUCGCCCGACCCGACCCUCCUCUGCUUCCGGUUCAGGAUGCCGGCGAUGCCCAUGGACAUGGACCCCGCGUCGCACGCGCGGGUGGUGGACUACGUGCGGCACAGCGCCGCCGCCGCCUGCCCCGACGACAGUCCCUCGGAGGCGGGCACGUCCCAGUCGGACGGGUCCUGCGAGCAGGGCCAGUUCGACGCCCCGCUGACCUUCCUGGUCGCCCCGCUCUGGAGGGACCACUUCGUGAGCGUGCUGGAGCUGGCCAAGAGGCACAGCGAGGGGAGGGGCUUCGCCGUGUUGUAGCCUCCACAGCCAAUAAACAUGUACAUAUGUA